AUGUUUUUCCUUUUUCCUUUAUCCUUGUUCUCUUUUCUUACGGCCCCUUUUCCUUUGUCCUUAUUUUUCCUUAAUAAUCCCAUAUUCUCUCUUUCUUGUCAACAAUGUUUUCCUUUUCCUUUAUCCCUUUUUCCUUUAUGUUUUCCCCUUUGUCCUUGUUCUCUUUCACUGCAACAAUGUUUUCCUUUUUCCUUAUCCCUUGUUCUCUUUCUUCUGCAACAAUGUUUUCCCUUUUCCUUCAUCCUUGUUCAAACAAUGUUUUCCCUUUUUCCUUUAUCAUUCUCUCUUUGCAACAAUGUUUUCUUACGGCUUUCAAUGAUUUUCCUUUUUCCUUUAUCCCUUGUUCUCUCUUUCUUACGGCCAACAAUGUUUUCCUUUUUCCUUUAUCCCUUGUUCUCUUUCUUACUGCAAAUAUGUUUUCCCUUUUCCUUUAUCCCUUUGUUCUCUUUCUUACAAAUAUUUUCCACUUUUCCUUUAUCCCUUUGUUCUCUUUCUUACGGCCAAUGUUUCCUUUUCUUAUCCCCUUCUCUUUUAUCCCUUUUUCCCUUUUCCUUUACGUUCUCUUUCUUACUACCUUUGUUUUCCUUUUCCUUUAUCCUUUGUUCUCUUAAUUCUGCAACAAUGUUUUCCCUUUUUCCUUUAUCCCUUAUUUCUCUUUCUUACGGCCAAUGUUUUCCUUUUCCUUUUUCCCUUGUUCUCCUUUGUUGUUUUUCACGUCCACUGCAACAAUUUUCUCUUUUUCCUUUAUCCCUUGUUUUCUCUUUUCUUACUGCAAAUAAUGUUUUCCCUUUUUCCUUUAUCCCUUGUUCUUUCUUACGGCCACAAUGUUUUUCCUCUUUUCCUUUAUCUUUGUUCUCUUUCUUACGUCCAUAA